AUGAUUCUUGUUCUUGCUUGCUUCAUUGCUGGGUGUGUGGCAGCUUCAAAUUACAGCGUCACUGACUUCGGAGCGAAAGGAGAUGGCGUAACAGAUGACACUAAAGCGUUCUUGGAUACAUGGAAUGCAACAUGUCAGAGUUCUGUAUCCUCCAUUCUCCUCAUCCCUGCAGGGAAGACGUUCCUGUUGAAUCCCAUCGUCUUCCAGGGUCCCUGCCAGUUUUACGUCCGCGUUCAGGUUGAUGGAGACAUCAUACGGCCCAGCCAACUCUGGGGAGGAAAAAUUGAUCACUGGUUACUGUUCAGCCAUAUCGAUAACCUGUCCAUCGUCGGAUCCGGGAAGAUUGACGGUCAACGCAGCUCAUCCUGCUUUCUACGUGCCUUCUCUUCCUUCGGUUUCUGCCGCAGCAAUGCUCAGUUGCUCCCAACAAGAGCGCUGGUGGCUGAUCUGAGGCUCAUCAACAGCCCCCAGAUGCACCUAGUGGUGGGUUUCAGCUCCACAAUCCACAUCACCGGUGUUACCAUCACCGCCCCCGGCGACAGCCCCAACACCGACGGCAUCCACAUCCAACAGAGCCAUCACGUCAACGUCUCCGACUCCACCAUUGGUACAGGAGACGACUGUAUAUCGAUAGGCACUGGUUCUUUCCAUGUUAAUGUCAGCUGGGUAACAUGUGGCCCUGGCCAUGGCAUAAGCGUUGGUAGCCUGGGAAUGAACAACUCUCGUGCGGAAGUGUCGGAUAUCCAGGUUGGUCAUUGCAACAUAUCUAGCACAAUGAAUGGCGUAAGGAUAAAGACAUGGCAGGGAGGAUAUGGUUAUGCAAAGACGAUAAUAUUUGAGAAUAUCAACUUCACUGCAGUGAAGAAUCCUAUAAUAAUAGAUCAACACUACUGUGCUACCGGUGUCUGCGCCGAGAAGUCGUCAGCUGUGCAAGUGACUGAUGUGCGAUUCAUCGAAGUAAGAGGCACAACAAGCAGCCAGGUAGCGAUCAACUUAAACUGCAGCCAAAACGUGGCCUGCACGGGCAUCACCAUCCAGAACGUUGAGAUCCAACCUGCACAGCAAGGAGGGCAAGCAUCAUCUUACUGCUUCAACGCCCAUGGAACAGUGACCGGUGUCGCCAUGCCUGCAGUUCCUUGCUUGAUGCCAUGA